AUGCCGCAGGAGGGGGAGCCAAUUCCCUGCCUGGCCCCAGGACCCCACGUGCUGCAGCACGUCCUGCCCCUGUGGUGGGACCGGCCGUGGAGAAACCCACCAGGCAGAGCCAACUGUGCCGCUGCGAAAGCCUCCGCCCUCCCAGCGAGUGUCCAUCUCUCUCCCCAGGGUCUCCUGACCAGUGAUCCGGACCUGGAGUUGCUCCUCAGCAAGAUAUCCACUGUCAACCAUCUUCUCUCUUCCCUGGAGAAAAAGGUGCUGAGGUCGCUGCAGGAGACGGUGUCCAAGCACAACCUGGCACUGCCCAGUGUGGCCGCGGCCCCCCAGCCCGCCACCAAGCCCCUGGCCGUGCAGAGCUUCGAGGUGAGGCCGGGCUGGGGCAAACUGCAGCCAUGGGGGGCAGAUGGAGCAGACUGCAGAGGCAGGAGCCAGUCCUCCCAGCACGGGGUGGGCGCUGACCCCUGUGAGCAUGUCCCCGUGCUGCAGGUGAAGGUGGGCAAGUCGCAGCGAGCAGUCCUCACGGUGGACGUGGAGUCAGGCACAGUGGCCAUCACCAAGAAGGGCAGUGGGACUCCAGAAGAGAUCAUCCCUCAGGACAAAAUCUUGCAGCUGAUUAAAUACCAGAGCGUGCAGAGCAAGGUGAGGCUGGUGUACGACCGGGACCAGCACAAGAGCCUGAGCAGAGACUUUGUCUUCCCAAGUGCACGGAAGCGUGAGGCCUUUUGCCAGCUGCUCCAACUCAUGAAGAUCCAGCACUCCAACCUGGAUGAGCCUGACCUCAUCUCGGUGUACGUCGGGACAUGGAACAUGGGCAGCCCCCCCCCGCCCCGGUCCCUUGCCUCCUGGCUGACAUCACGGGGCCUGGGGCGCACUCAGGACGAGACCACAGCCUGCAUCCCCCAUGACAUCUAUGUGAUCGGCACCCAGGAGAACUCCUUGGGUGAUCGCGAGUGGGUGGAGUUCCUACGAGCAUCUCUGAAGACGCUGAUGGCCAUAGACUACCGAGUGGUCGCCCUGCAGUGCCUCUGGAGUAUCAAGAUGGUCGUGCUGGUGAAACCAGAGCACGAGCGGCGCAUCAGUCACGUGAACACAUCCAGUGUGAAGACAGGCAUUGCCAACACCCUUGGUAACAAGGGAGCUGUGGGCAUCUCCUUCCUUUUCAAUGGGACAUCCUUCGGGUUUGUGAACUGCCACCUGGCCUCAGGGAGUGAGAAGACCCACAGGAGGAACCAGAACUACAGCGAUAUCCUGCGCUCGCUCGUGCUGGGCGACAAGCGGCUCAGUGCCUUUGACCUCACCUUGCGUUUCACCCACCUCUUUUGGUUUGGGGACCUCAACUACCGCCUCAACAUGGACGUGCAGAACAUCCUAGCCCAUGUAACCAAGAGGGAGUUUGAAGCCCUCCUGGCUGUGGACCAGCUCACCCUGGAGCGGGAGAAGAACAAGGUCUUCCUACGAUUCAGUGAGGGUGACAUCUCCUUCCCUCCCACCUAUCGGUAUGAACGGGGCUCCCGGGACAACUACAUCUGGCAGAAGUUCAAGACCACAGGGAUGAGGAUCAACGUCCCCUCGUGGUGUGACCGUAUCCUGUGGAAGUCGCACCCAGAGACCCAUCUGGUCUGUAACUCGUAUGGCUGCACCGAUGACAUCGUGACCAGCGACCACUCUCCGGUCUUUGCCACCUUUGAGGUGGGAGUGACAUCGCAGUUUGUGCCCAAGAAGGCGCCCGGCUCCAGCCCUGAGUCCCUGGCCUGCAUCGAGUGGGAGAGCAUCGAGGUGAUCGUGAAAACUGCCAGCCGCAGCAAGUGCUACAUCGAGUUUCACUCCUACUGCCUGGAGGAGCCCCAGCGGAGCGGGGAAGGCCGAAGUGACCCUUGUACCAGCCCACUCCCCAACACCUGCUCUCCCCAUGCACAGCUGCACCCCAUCCUCCCGGACCUGGAGUACCUGGGGGACCAGCACUUGCUGCUCAGCAUCAAGGGCGUGGAGAGCUGCGAGUCAUACGGCGAGUGCUGCAUUGCAAUGAGGUCCAUGAUGGGCAGCAUGGCCCAGCAGUUUGAGACGUUCCUCUUCCACCGCGGCGAGGAGACGGGCUCCAUGCGUGGCUGGAUGAAGGUCCGAGUCCCCAAGGACAGGCGCAGCACCCGCGAGAGGCCGCUGCCGCGGCGCUGCCCCGAGGUGCUGGGGCCCGCGCAGGACACCCAGUGGCAUGGUCAGGCCAAGGAGUGGCCCUGCGACAGAGGUGACCGCUCCCGCAGCAUCGGCGUGUGGCUCAGUCACCUUGGCUUGGAGCAAUACAAGGACGGGCUGUAUGAAAAUGGCUGGGAUGACCUUGAGUUCUUCAGAGACAUCACUGAGCAGGACCUGCUGGAAGCUGGGGUGCUGAGUCCUACUCACCGGAAGCUCAUUCAAGCCAAGCUCCGCGAGAGCACCACUGAAAGUCUGCAGCAGAGACCCCAUCUGAAACCAAACGCCUAGAUGCCAGCGUGGCU